AUGCCCCAGGUCCGCAGCGUUGAAUCUGCUCUUCGCAUGGGCACUCUGUUUCGCAACAGUCCAUACCCAGUGGCCCGAAUCUUUCAGCUUUGCGACCAGCCUCAGAUGCAUGUUUUGGGUACCCUCAAUCACCCAGACCCGCCGGAGAUCUUUGAUCCUCUCAAAAUCUGCGCCUUCACCAUUCCAGGCUCGCGGCGACCUUCGAUCUUUUGUCCGCCGGGUGCAGAGCUGACCGUGCAAAUUGUUCUUUUCGACCCCCCGAACCCCACUCAAAUGCAAUACAUGUCUCUUGAGCCAAUAUCACUUGCUCUGGGCAGAGAAUACUUGGCCGUCGGUGCACCCGAUUCGACGCUUGACGAAAAUGGAAUGCAGGGAGAGAAAGAGCGAGAGCGCGUCGCCGAGUUGGUCGCAAAGUUGCGUUUUCAUACCGUGAUCAGGCAUGUUCCAACCGAGAAAGAGUUGGCGUUGCCCGCGAUCCUCCGACAAAUCAAUUGCUCCCAGGAAGUUGCAGAGCUGCUCCAGAAGAACACGCCUCUUGUUGGUCCGCGCCGAAAAAGGAGCCUCUCUGUGAGCGAACGAGUCGUGGAAUCGGCACAGUCACUCUACACAUUUGCGGCGUGGUCGCUUUGGACACUGUUCAUGGCGUAUGCCUUCCCUACGCUUUUGAACAUUUUCAAAAUCGCGAUCAUUGGACACAGGAUCGUUGCUGAAGGUCUUUUGCGACUUUUGGAACUGCCCCUGCCUUUUCAAAGACUACAGUCUAUAGAGAGCCGGCGAGCAACCAAGGGAACCCUCGCCCUGAAGGAUGUCUCGGCCUGUUGUCAGCAAGUCCAUCUUCGACUCCAACAAUUCUCCUACUAUCCGACACAAUAUUCACUUCUCCGACGCCGCAAAGCGACUUGGUCAUCCUUUCCGACAACAAAUAGUGAUUACAUUCGCUUUUACAACUCGCUUUGGCUGGUAGCAAACGAUGUGAUUAUUGGCAUCGCACUUGGGAGCUUCAUCAGUGACAAUGCGCAAGCUACGUCUCAGCUGAUCGGUGGGGUGUUGAAUGAGUACACAAUUGAAGGUCUCAAACGCAUGAUCAGGUGGCUCAUGUCGUACCCAGGAGGUCUCAAAUUGAACACGGAACUUACUACAUUUCUCGGCGAACUUUUCUUGUGGGUCAUAGAAUAUUGGGCCUCGACGAUCGUCGUGCUCAUUGUUCCACGACUACCCACUGUCGUGUAUGUUGUGGGAUGCUCUUCUUUUGCUGGGGCUACUAUGCCUAUCGCCAUUUUUUCCGACCUCCUGAGCUUGCUUACUAUGCAUAUCUACUCUUUUUACGUCGCAAGUGCGCGCAUCUUCAACUGGCAAUUGACAAUCAUAGUCAGCCUCUUUCACCUAUUCCGUGGCAAGAAGCGGAACGUCCUUCGCAAUCGUAUCGACAACUGCGACUACGAUCUCGAUCAACUCUUGUUGGGUACGAUUCUUUUCACCCUGUUGUUUUUCCUUCUGCCAACUGUGGUAGUCUUCUACCUGACCUUUGCUUCAGCUCGUAUGGCAAUCAUCUCGCUGAAAGCCACUCUGGACACCUGUCUAGCAUGUCUCAACCAUUUCCCCUUGUUUGCAUUGAUGCUCAGAAUCAAAGACAGCAAAAGGUUGCCAGGGGGCGUUCACUUUCAGCUCCUGGAUGCAGAACAGACCCGGGUAUCCUACCAGGAAGAAACAGAGCGAGGAGAUGAUCAGGACGACAGUGUUGGCAACACUGAGGAAGAGGAGGAAGGAGGAGAAGAUAAUGGAACUACUAGCGUGGCUUACAUCCGCCUUUCCUCGACCCCGCUGUCACUGAACCAGAUAUUUGAACAAUAUUUCCAGCUCUGGGCACGCAUCCGCCGGCACUAUCUGUCGCCCACGGUCGUAUUUCGGCUCCUCACGGGACGAUUUGUACCACCUCUUGGUCGAAGCCAGAUGUAUGGGCUGCAGUAUUCGGUCCUUCCUAGACAACGGGCGACAAUUGCGGAGGUGUGGAAAAGCCUGAGCGAGAGUGAAUCGCCAAGCACAACAAAUGGAACACCUGCGAAUCCACGCGGCCAGAAGAUGUAUCUUGGAAAUUAUGGAAGAGCGAUAGGGAAGCAAUGGAAAUAG